CAUCUCUCAUAGUUCACUUUCAAAGUCAGCUGAAGGCAGAGGAAGAGCUAGAGAAAGCCCCUUUCAGAGCAUCUGUGACGUUUAUGGACUUGGCUUGCUAGAAUGCUCAAGAUGAUGGCAGCAAUGAAAAUCCAGCUGGUAUGCAUGAUACUUCUGGCUCUCAGCUCCUGGAGUCUGUGCUCAGAUUCAGAAGAGGAAAUGAAAGCAUUAGAAGCAGAUUUAUUGACCAAUAUGCAUACAUCAAAGACCAAUAAAGCAGGUGUUUCUUCUUGGAAAAUGACCCUUCUAAAUGUUUGCAGUUUUGUAAAUAACCUGAACAGCCAAGCUGAGGAAACAGGGGAGCUUCAAGAAGACGAGCUUAUUACAAGAAGGAAAUUUCCCACUGCCUUAGACGGCUUUAGCUUGGAGGCGAUGUUGACAAUAUACCAGCUCCAAAAAAUCUGCCACAGCAGGGCCUUUCAACACUGGGAGUUAAUUCAGGAGGAUGUUCUUGAUGCUGGAAAUGACAAAAAUGAAAAGGAAGAAGUUAUAAAGAGAAAAAUCCCUUACAUUCUGAAACGUCAGCUAUAUGAGAAUAAACCUAGAAGACCCUACAUACUCAAAAGAGGUUCUUACUACUACUGAGAUGAUAAAUAUUUUAUUUAUAUGUGAUUGUGAUUCAUAAUCCUUCACUUAAAUAUCAAGUUAUACUUGUGUGGUAAUGUGACAGUACACAACUAUUGUGUCUCUUCUUACAAUUGUGGUUUAUUGGAUGUGAUUUUUCUGCAUUAAUAUAAAUUGGACUAAAUGUUUUAAAAUAAAUCUAGAUCUUGAGCAUGAUAA